CGCCCGCUCACGCCCAGGGGCCACCGCGGGAAUCUCCGCGCACGCCAGUUCGUUUCCCGAGAAGCCCAGGUUCUGUGUAGCCAGUCGUCGGCCGCCCCCGGCGCGCGUCGGUGAAAGCGCAGCCUGGGUGGAGCGGCGCACGCGCAGUCUGGGGGUGCGCGCCAGGCGCCGGCCCCGCACCAAGGCGGUCUCUGCAGUGAACAAGACGCCAGACCCGAGGCCAACUGGGAGGCUGAGUCGGACGUAAAUAGGACGUCCCAGCCAGUGUCGCCUGCGGCGCUGAGAAGACGGUGUGACUCCGGAGAGGGUGGAGACGACGACUGUGACGGGCUUCCCGGUUCCCCAAAGUGGGAGUGGUGUGGGUUGCAGGAAGGAGAGAGGAAGAGAAGCAGGAGCGGGCCGCAGCGGCCGACGCUAACGGCCUUCCUGAGCGCUGACAGGCUGGGCCCGCGUCCUGCUCGCUCCACAGUGCGCGCCGCCGCCUCGGGCCCUCGGCCCCUGGGUCCGGACUUGGUGGCAGAGCGUCGGGGCGGAGGGCUUCUGUUGCAGCGCAGGGAAAGGCCAGAUCUUCGCCGCCGAGGGAUGUGAGUGAGAGCCGAACCCGCACGGGAGGGCCCCCGAGGUCUCAGCCUGGCGGACACUCGGACCUUUGCCUGCUCCAGGGGCUUCGCAGACUGUGGCCAGCCGGAGGCACCGGUAAGAGCAGUCCCCUCGGGUUUGGGGGCGCGUCCUCGUCACCACAUCCGUGCGGCGGGUUUCGGAAGCAGGCAAGGCAACAAGAUGUGAUCUGUUUCUCUUCUGCAGAAGAGGCCCUUCCAUCCCCUUUCCCCGAAGGCAAAUGUUCUGAAAACGACUCUGCAUGGGAAUGGCUUGCCUUACAAUGACAGAAAUGGAAGGAACAUCCACAUCCCCUGUACAUCAGAAUGGUGAUAUUUCUGGAAAUGCUAACUCUGUGAAGCAAAUAGAUCCAGUCCUACAGGUCUAUCUUUAUCAUUCCCUUGGGAAAGCUGAGGGGGAUUAUCUGCAGUUUCCAACUGGAGAGUAUGUUGCUGAAGAGAUCUGUAUUGCUGCUUCUAAAGCUUGUGGAAUCACACCUGUAUAUCAUAGUAUGUUUGCUUUAAUGAGUGAAACAGAAAGGAUCUGGUAUCCACCCAACCAUGUCUUCCAUAUAGAUGAAUCAACCAGGCAAAAUGUACUCUACAGAAUCAGAUUUUACUUUCCUUACUGGUAUUGUAAUGGCAGCAACAGAACCUAUCGACAUGGAAUAGCUCGAGGUGCUGAAGCUCCUCUUCUUGAUGACUUUGUCAUGUCUUACCUUUUUGCUCAGUGGCGGCAUGAUUUUUUACAUGGAUGGAUAAAAGUACCUGUGACUCAUGAAACACAGGAAGAAUGUCUUGGGAUGGCAGUGUUAGAUAUGAUGAGAAUAGCCAAAGAAAAGAAUCAAACCCCACUGGACAUCUAUAGCUCUAUCAGCUACAAGACAUUUUUGCCAAAAUGUGUUCGAGCAAAAAUCCAAGAGUAUCAUAUUUUGACAAGGAAGAGAAUAAGGUACAGAUUUCGCAGAUUUAUUGAGCAAUUCAGCCAUUGCAAAGCCACUGCCAGAAACUUGAAACUUAAGUAUCUUAUAAAUCUGGAAACUCUUCAGUCUGCCUUCUACACAGAGCAAUUUGAAGUAAAAGAACCUGGAAGAGGUCCUUCAGGUGAGGAGAUUUUUGCAACCAUUAUAAUAACUGGAAACGGUGGAAUUCAGUGGUCAAGAGGGAAACAUAAAGAAAGUGAGACACUGACAGAACAGGAUUUACAGUUGUAUUGUGAUUUUCCUGAUAUUAUUGAUAUCAGUAUUAAACAAGCAAAUCAAGAAGGCGCAAAUGAAAGCAGAAUUGUAACUAUUCAUAAGCAAGAUGGUAAAAGUCUAGAAAUUGAGCUUAAGUCAUUAAGAGAAGCUUUGUCUUUUGUGUCAUUAAUUGAUGGAUAUUAUAGAUUAACUGCAGAUGCACAUCAUUAUCUUUGUAAAGAAGUAGCACCUCCAAUGGUGCUUGAAAAUAUACAAAGCAACUGUCAUGGCCCAAUUUCAAUGGAUUUUGCUAUCAGUAAACUGAAAAAAACAGGUAAUCAGACUGGACUCUAUGUACUUCGAUGCAGUCCUAAGGACUUUAAUAAAUAUUUUCUGACUUUUGCUGUUGAGCGAGAGAAUGUUAUUGAAUAUAAGCACUGUUUGAUUACCAAAAAUGAGAAUGGAGAAUACAACCUCAGUGGUACUAAGAAGAACUUCAGUAAUCUUAAAGAUCUUCUGAAUUGCUACCAGAUGGAAACUGUUCGCUCAGACAGUAUAAUUUUCCAGUUUACUAAAUGCUGUCCCCCAAAGCCAAAAGACAAAUCAAACCUUCUAGUCUUCAGAACCAAUGGUAUUUCUGAUGUACCAACCUCACCAACUUUACAAAGGCAUAAUAAUGUGAACCAAAUGGUGUUCCACAAAAUUAGAAAUGAAGAUUUGGUAUUUAAUGAAAGCCUUGGCCAAGGAACUUUUACAAAAAUUUUUAAAGGUAUAAGAAGAGAAAUAGGAGACUAUGGUCAGCUGCAUGAAACAGAAGUUCUUCUAAAAGUUCUGGAUAAAGCACAUAGAAACUAUUCAGAGUCUUUCUUUGAAGCAGCAAGCAUGAUGAGCCAGCUUUCUCACAAACAUCUGAUUUUAAAUUAUGGAGUAUGUGUCUGUGGAGAGGAGAAUAUUCUGGUUCAGGAAUUUGUAAAAUUUGGAUCACUAGAUACGUAUCUGAAAAAGAAUAAAAAUUCUAUAAAUAUAUUAUGGAAACUUGAAGUGGCUAAACAGUUGGCAUGGGCCAUGCAUUUUCUAGAAGAAAAAACCCUUAUUCAUGGGAAUGUGUGCGCCAAAAAUAUUCUUCUUAUCAGAGAAGAAGACAGGAAGACAGGAAAUCCUCCUUUCAUCAAACUUAGUGAUCCUGGCAUUAGUAUUACAGUUUUGCCAAAAGACAUCCUGCAGGAGAGAAUACCAUGGGUACCACCUGAAUGCAUUGAAAAUCCUAAAAAUCUAAACCUGGCAACAGACAAAUGGAGUUUUGGUACCACAUUGUGGGAAAUCUGCAGUGGAGGAGAUAAGCCUCUGAGUGCUUUGGAUUCUCAAAGAAAACUACAGUUUUAUGAAGACAGGCACCAGCUUCCUGCGCCAAAGUGGACAGAAUUAGCAAAUCUUAUUAAUAAUUGCAUGGAUUAUGAACCAGAUUUUAGACCUUCUUUCAGAGCCAUUAUAAGAGAUCUUAAUAGUUUGUUUACUCCAGAUUAUGAACUAUUAACAGAAAAUGACAUGUUACCAAAUAUGAGAAUAGGUGCCCUAGGAUUUUCUGGUGCUUUUGAAGACCGAGACCCUACACAAUUUGAAGAAAGACACUUGAAAUUUCUACAGCAACUUGGCAAGGGUAAUUUUGGGAGUGUGGAGAUGUGCCGGUAUGACCCUCUACAAGACAAUACUGGGGAGGUGGUGGCUGUGAAAAAGCUCCAGCACAGUACUGAAGAGCACCUCAGAGACUUCGAAAGAGAAAUUGAAAUCCUUAAAUCCUUGCAGCAUGACAACAUUGUAAAGUACAAAGGAGUCUGCUACAGUGCUGGCCGGCAUAAUCUAAGAUUAAUUAUGGAGUAUUUACCAUAUGGAAGUUUACGAGACUAUCUCCAAAAACAUAAAGAACGGAUAGAUCAUAAAAAACUUCUGCAGUACACAUCUCAGAUAUGCAAGGGGAUGGAAUAUCUUGGUACAAAAAGAUAUAUCCACAGGGAUCUGGCAACAAGGAAUAUAUUAGUGGAGAAUGAAAACAGAGUUAAAAUAGGAGAUUUUGGAUUAACCAAAGUCUUGCCACAAGACAAAGAGUACUACAAAGUGAAAGAGCCUGGUGAAAGUCCCAUAUUCUGGUAUGCACCAGAAUCACUGACAGAGAGCAAGUUUUCUGUGGCUUCAGAUGUUUGGAGCUUUGGAGUGGUUCUGUAUGAACUUUUCACAUAUAUUGAGAAGAGUAAAAGCCCACCAGCGGAAUUUAUGCGUAUGAUUGGCAAUGACAAACAAGGACAGAUGAUUGUGUUCCAUUUGAUAGAACUCCUGAAGAAUAAUGGAAGAUUACCAAGACCAGAUGGAUGCCCAGAUGAGAUAUAUGUGAUUAUGACAGAAUGCUGGAACAAUAAUGUAAACCAGCGCCCCUCUUUCAGAGACCUAGCAGUUCGAGUUGAUCAAAUAAGGGACAACAUGACUGGAUGAAAGAAAUGAACUUCACUCUGAGACCAGGAUAGACUUACAGAACAAAGUUUUGUAUUUCAUAUUGCUGUGGACUUUUGUUACGUAUAUCAUUAUUAUGUAUAUCACAAUAUUUGCCAGCAAAAGUGUGGAAAUACCUGCUUAAAACUUUCGAAGUUUAGUGAGUUUUUCUUCAUGAGGAUACCAGCCAAAGACAUUGAUGAAAAGUCGUUAGCAAAGAGUUUUGUAAAAUGUUUUGGGAACCUGAUCAGUCAGUUAACAUCACUUUUCUUUGGCAAAAAAAGAAAAUUAGACAUUUUUCAACUAAGAAUUAUAAGAGAUUAAAAAAUUGUAAAUUUUAAAUAUAUACAGAAUACGUAUGUACAGUUUUUACCAUAGUGAAUGUAUGACACCUUGGCAUCUUGUGUGAUGUUUUACACAAGGGCUGGUGUUCAUCAAUAAUGUUUUAUAAUUUUUCCAUAGUUCUAUGAUAACUUCACUCUAUAGACAAAUUAAGAUGCUCAGAUAAUUGAAUAUGCACCUUUUUGUCCUCGCGCAUUUAUGUCACUGGCCAGCAAUAUAAGCAGAUGUAUACUUCAGCUUGUUGUUCUGUGUACUGUAAAUAUUUUUCAAAGCAGAGGGAACAAAUGUUUAGUUUUAUUUGUAUAGGGAAUUUUCCUGACCCUCUAGAAUACAUUUUGAAAUGGAACAAGUUUACAAAGAUUAACACAAUAUAUUUUCUUAUUUGUCUCCCUUGUAUCUGUUUGUGGCACGUAUGUUUUUUAAAUAUAACUAUCUCCAGAUUUUUUCUAAGACCACCGUGAACAGUUUUCUUUUAAAAAUUUGAGAUUACAAAUGCCAGGAAUAUUGUCAUCCCUUGAGCUGUUGGUUACCAAUAAGAUUCUUCAAUCCUGGGACCUAUGGUCAUGCAUUAAAUUUAAGUGUAAGCUA